GUAAACAGCUUGCUCCUCACGGCUCACGCUGCUUCUGUCAGUUUGUGUUUUCUUAUUUUAAAAUCCGUCAUUUCUCAGCUGGCCGUGUCUUCAUUAGCAGGCUGACGGAGAUGUCCGCGCCUCCAGCGGAGGAUGUGGUCCAGCUGUGGGAAAGUGAGCAGGCCCGUCUGAGGCAGCAGGUGGUGGAGGAGGACACAGAGGACUGGCAGAGGAGCCCAGACUUCUCGGGCCUGGAGCGAGUCGGUGGGGUGGACCUCUCCUUCAUCAAAGGGGACGAUGCCAACGCCUGCGCCCAGCUCGUGGUACUCAGCUACCCUGAUCUGGAGGUGCUGUACGAAGACAGUCAGAUGGUGACCCUGACGGCCCCCUACGUAGCCGGCUUUCUGGCAUUUAGAGAAACUCCUUUCCUCCUGGAGGCUCUGCAGAGGCUGCAGAAGAACCAGCCCACACUUCUUCCUCAGGUGGUGUUUGUGGACGGGAACGGUCUCUUCCACUACAGAGAGUUUGGCUUGGCGUGUCAUCUGGGAGUGCUGUCAGGGCUGCCCUGUGUGGGCGUGGCCAAAAACCUGCUGCAGGUGCAGGGUGUCAACAAGAGUGAGGAGCAUCAGUCACAAAUAGCUGCUCUGCAAAGAGGAGGAGACAGCUUCCCACUCAUAGCCGCCUCAGGCAAAGUGCUCGGAAAGGCCCUGCGAAGCUCUGACAAGAGCUCGAAGCCGGUGUACGUGUCCGUGGGCCACAAGAUCAGUCUGGACACAGCUGUCCGCCUCACACAUGCAUGCUGCCGCUACCGGGUCCCUGAGCCAAUCAGACAGGCCGACUGUCGCUCCAGAGAAUACCUUCGCAUACACUUCCCAGCUGCAGAUACAUGAUUCAGAGAGUGAGGUUGAUGAUGAUGAUGAUGAUGAUGAUGAUGAUGAUGAUGAUGAUGAUGAUGAUGAAGCAGCAAAGGAUGUCAAAGAUAAAAACCAGCAACUACAGAAGAUACCUUAAAAGUCCAUCUGUGUGAGAGAGAGAGAGAGAGAGUGUGUGCGUGUGUGUGUGUGUGUGUGUGUGUGUGUCAGUCACUGUCAGUCAGAUUAACUGUAUCUUUUUAUGUACUUGCCCCAUAUUUAAACUGGAUGUGGGUCAGAGUGGAUCUUUUUAGGUACUGCUCUCAUUACCGU